AUGUCUAAUGUAAGAGCUGCGAAGCGCAGUAGAUGGAUGAGAAGUAACUCCUAUGACUUCUUCAUACUAACUUGGGUGAUCCUGAUGUGCGCCGUUGCCGCCGCCCACGCCGGGUACCUGGGAGGCUACGCCGCCCCCGCCGUCGCCGUGAUCCUAAUGUGCGCCGUGGCCGCCGCCCACGCCGGCUACCUGGGAGGCUACGCCGCCCCCGCCGUCGCCGUGGCGCCUGCCGUGGCCGCCCCCGCAUUCGCCGUCGCCCACGCCCCCGUGGCCGUGGCGCCCGCCGCCUCCUCGUACGCCAACACGUACCGCGUGUCGCAGACCGCCCGCCUCCUGGCCGCCCCCGCCAUCGCCGCCGCGCCCGUGGCCUACGCCGCCCCCGCCAUCCACACGCCUGUGGCCUACGCCGCCCCUGCUCUCGCUGCUCCUCUCCUCAAAGUGCACUGA